UCCACUGGUCCCGUUAGUUUCAUUGUGGUCCUGCAAAGACAACGCCAUCAUACCCCAUACUCAGCAGCUAUAGUGAGUGGGGCAGCUCGAAUAUCACACAGGAUUUAUGUAGGCUAUUAGGUUAUUAUUGUCACAAAAACAUCAAGCGUCUCAUCUUCAACUACAAUGGAAUACAUUCGUCCGGUUAAUUAGACGCCUUCGAAUCGGGCCUCUGUUUUCGCAGUACACAAAGCAAUGUGGAGCAAAUAAAGAUCCUGAUACACUGAAACCAGAGAAUAUAGAUAAUGGGCUGUGUACAAUGCAAGGAUAAAGAAGCAACGAAACUCACGGACGACCGAGACACCAGCAUCUCCCAGAGUGCCACAGGCUUCCGCUAUGGCGCCGAUCCCACGCCGCAGCACCAGCACUACCCCAGCUUCGGGGUCACCGCCAUCCCCAACUUCAACAACUUCCAGGCGCCCGUCGGCCAGGGGAUGACCGUCUUCGGAGGGGUCAACACCUCCUCCCACACUGGGACCCUACGUACCCGUGGCGGAACAGGAGUUACCCUCUUCGUGGCACUUUACGACUAUGAGGCGCGGACAGAGGACGACCUCAGCUUCAGGAAAGGGGAGAGGUUUCAGAUUAUCAACAGCACUGAAGGGGACUGGUGGGAUGCUCGUUCCCUCACAACCGGUGGAAAUGGUUACAUCCCCAGUAAUUACGUGGCUCCAGUGGACUCCAUUCAGGCUGAGGACUGGUACUUUGGGAAACUAGGCCGGAAGGAUGCGGAGAGGCAGCUGCUGUUCACUGGUAACCCUCGUGGCACCUAUCUCAUCAGAGAGAGCGAAACCACAAAAGGUGCCUUCUCCCUGUCCAUACGAGACUGGGAUGACGUAAAGGGGGACCACGUGAAGCAUUAUAAGAUCCGUAAACUGGACAGCGGUGGUUACUACAUCACCACCAGAGCUCAGUUUGAGACCCUACAGCAGCUGGUGCAGCACUACUCAGAGCGGGCAGCGGGGCUGUGUUGUCGCUUGGUAGUGCCCUGCCACAAAGGGAUGCCCCGCCUCACCGACCUGUCCGUCAAAACCAAAGACGUGUGGGAGAUCCCGCGGGAGUCAUUGCAGCUCAUCAAGCGUCUGGGGAAUGGGCAGUUUGGGGAGGUCUGGAUGGGAACGUGGAACGGCACCACUAAGGUGGCGGUGAAGACGCUGAAGCCGGGCACCAUGUCUCCUGAGUCCUUCCUGGAAGAAGCCCAGAUCAUGAAGAAGCUCCGGCAUGACAAGCUGGUGCAGCUCUACGCUGUGGUGUCUGAGGAACCCAUCUAUAUCGUCACUGAGUACAUGGGCAAAGGAAGCCUCCUGGAUUUCCUGAAGGAUGGGGAGGGACGAGGACUGAAGCUACCCAAUCUGGUUGACAUGGCAGCCCAGGUGGCAGCAGGCAUGGCGUACAUCGAGAGGAUGAACUACAUUCACAGAGACCUGCGCUCGGCUAACAUCCUGGUCGGGGACAACCUGGUGUGUAAGAUCGCCGACUUCGGAUUGGCCAGGCUGAUUGAGGACAAUGAGUACACAGCACGGCAAGGUGCUAAGUUCCCUAUUAAGUGGACGGCCCCGGAGGCUGCUCUGUUUGGGAAGUUCACCAUCAAGUCAGACGUGUGGUCGUUCGGCAUCCUGCUCACUGAGCUGGUCACCAAGGGACGGGUACCCUAUCCAGGGAUGAACAACCGGGAGGUGCUGGAACAGGUGGAGCGAGGCUACAGGAUGCCCUGUCCCCAGGACUGCCCCAUCUCCCUCCACGAGCUCAUGGUGCAGUGCUGGAAGAAGGACGCCGAGGAGAGGCCCACCUUCGAAUACCUGCAGGCCUUCUUGGAGGACUACUUCACGGCCACGGAGCCACAGUACCAGCCAGGGGACAACCUCUAAAUGCUGGGCUCUGGGCUGGGAACAGGACUGGACUGAACCGUAGCUCUCUGGAGCCCCACCAGGGACCAGGGACCUGUACAUCUUCCUCAACUUAACAGAGCAUCUUGUCUCAACUCUCCUCACUCUCCAUUGCUGACCCUGAAACUCAACAGACUGGAUACCAGAGGUUUUGUGUGUGAGGGAGAGUGGGGUUUGAUCUAGCUGGGGCUGGGUUAAAUAGGUUGGGCGUGGAUGGGUUAUGAAGGAGG